AUGUCUUUCAUGAUGUCCCUGCGUGCCUCUCUUGCGCGCCCGAAGGCCAAACUGAAGAAAGUAUGGCCUUUCGAGUCGAAAGAUACAGACCCCGCCUCGCAGACCACGAGGACCGAUCCUAAUACGAAAGAGGCGUCAGAAUCGGGAGCCUGGACCGCGGUCAGAGCUAUGCUUACCGCCGCUGAGUCUGGUGCUGAAUGGUGUGGCCCACUGAAAACAGCGAUCGGUGGGUUGAUUGAAUGGGUGGAGCUCUACGAGCGCGAGUGCGAUAUACGCGAAGAUAAAAAUGAGCUACGCGCAAAGCUUGAGCCAUUAUUGCAAGAUCUCGCUAAGCAUAUGGAGUGUCCGAGUGGGUUUGUGUCGACAGGUAGUGUCAAGCAGAUAUUCGAAGAUAUAACAAACGAAGCAAACAAAGCCACAGAAAAGCAGACUUUGACCCCAGGGAGGCGGCUGCAGGAUAUACUGAAAGGGGCGGACGAGAUACUCGACUGCUACCGGCGAAUCGACGAGCACCUUCAGCGAUUGAUGCUCAAUGUCAGUCUGAGCACGCUCAAAACGGUCAACGAGCAAUCCAUGGAGUCGCGACUCGCCAAGAUGUCGUCCGUCAAGUCUGCGUUUUACGACUCGGGGCAGGUCAAGCGAGGUGGCUGUGCUCCGGAAACACGCAAAGAACAAAUCGAGUUGCUCAUGACAUGGGCGCGUACACCAGGCUCUGGUAGAACAUGCUGGAUGAACGGCAUGGCUGGCACAGGCAAGACUACGAUCGCAUAUACCGUGUGUGAGAGGCUCGGCAGCCAGCUGGGAGCCAGCUUCUUCUGUUCUCGGACGAUCCCAGAGUGUCGGCAAGUCAACUAUAUUAUACCGUGUAUCGCCUACCAGCUCGCUCGAUUCUCUGUCCCAUUUCGCCAUGCCCUUGACAGCGUCCUGGAAGUGGACCCCGACGCGCACUGUCGAACGCUGAAGCAGCAAUAUGAGAGGCUGAUAGUGAAACCAAUGAUAGAAGUACGAGGGUCACUACCGUCGGAUGUUAUCGUUGUGAUCGAUGCCUUGGAUGAAUGCGAAGACCAAGAAAGUGUUGGCAUGAUUCUCGACCUGCUUUUGUCGCCCGGCUACGACCUCCCCGUUCGCUUCCUUGUGUCAAGUCGACCAGAGAGCGAGAUCUAUGACCGCAUGGCGGCUAGGACAGAUGGAUCGGACGAUACGCCACUGGUACUACAUGACCUAGAGGCGGAGACCGUCAGGGCCGACAUCAAGACAUACAUGCUUCAUGAGCUACGAUCUAUUAGCCUAACAGACUAUCAGUGGUCUGCUAUCCUUGACCGAUGUGGAGGACUGUUUAUAUACGCGUCAACUGUGUGUCGCUUCAUCAUGCAGGGUCACAGGUCACAUACACUCCACGAGGCAAUCCAGACGAUCACAGACUCACCAUCGAUACCGGUGCACGGGGCAAACCCUAUUGACAGACUAUACCUCACGAUCUUGACCAGGGCAUUCGAAAUGACCGAACAGAGCAAAGAGAAUGUACGGCGAAUGAAAGCUGUGCUGGAGACGGUGAUAUGUGCGGUCGAGCCGAUGACGCUGGACGCAAUUCGGCCUCUACGGUCGGUGCUGAACGUGGUGAAGGAUAGGGAGGUAGUGACUACCCUACAUGCGUCUUUUCCAGACUUUAUGCUGUCCGCUGAUCGAUCUGGCGGAUUUCAUUGUGACCCCGCAAUGCGACAUGCUGAGAUAGCUAGCGCCUGCCUGCGUACGAUUGAUAGGACAAUGCCCAACUUCAACAUAUGCUGCCUACCUUCAUCUUACCUGCUUGACAGUGAGGUGGAUGACCUGAGUGAACGAAUGAGGAGGUCGAUCUCGCCCGGGCUAGUUUAUGCCAGUCGCUACUGGUCAACGCAUUUAUAUCUGAGCGAACACCGAGCCGAGCUAGAGAAUGCAGUUAGCAACCUGUUUACGCAAAGGCUGCUGCUUUGGCUGGAGAUCAUCAAUCUAUCAGGCUACAUCCGCCACGCUGUUAAUAUCGUACAACGGGCCGAGAGGUGGUGCAAGAAUAUAACAGAGAUCAGCCAUGAUGCCGAGCAGUUUGUCUCAAUAUAUGCUAAUCACCCAGUAUCGCUCAGCACCCCGCAUAUAUACGUCUCGAUGCUUCCAUUCUGGCCACGAACUCGACCAAUCUCGGCCGCAUAUAUGGCAAGGACAGCCGGGUUUGUCGAGCCAAAAGGGACGGUGAUGAGCCAGAGAAAUCUGGCACUAAUGGCUACUUGGAAGGUUUCAAGCGGGCCGGUCAAUUCGAUGAGUCUGUCGGCUGAUGGAGCUCGACUCGCAAUCACUACCUCGGACAACAUCAAUAUACUCGACGCUUCUACGGGUGAAAUCAUAGACAGUCUCGCCAACCAGCUCACACAAGGGGUCAGCUGUGCUGCCAUAUCACCCAAUGGAACUCAAGUGGCGUUUGGUGGCGCUGGUUCUACGUUGCAGCUAUGGGAUGUGAAAGGGGUGAUACCAUCAAGGCAUUUCCUUCAAUUUGUGAUUCGGGCAUUGGCUCCGUUGCCUUCUCCUCCAACGGCUCUGACGUCGCUUCCGCUUGGUCCGCUCAAAGGACAUACUGAACAAGUCACUUCGGUCACCUUCUCCCUGACCACUCGCACCUCGCAUCGGGGUCAUGCGACAACACGAUUCGUAUCUGGGACGUACGAACCGGCCAUCCAAUUGGCCGUCCUUUUACGGGUCAUACAAGUACGGUCAACUCAGUCUCGACUGACUAUUCUUGGGCCGCUCACAACACAUUUGGACUGGGUUACCUCUGUUACCUUUUCUCCUAACGCUGCUUUCAUUGCUUCCGGAUCAUGGGAUAAGAGCAUUCAAGUGUACGAUGCGCUCACCGGCAGCACAGUUCUCGGACCUCUACAGGGGCAUAUCCACUACGUUAAUUCGGUUAUAUUCUCUCCUGAUAGCUCCCAUCUGUUCUCUUGCUCGGACGAUGGGACGGUCCGCUUAUGGAACGUGCAAGUCGCAGUCGCACCCGCCCCCCUAUCGCCGUCUUGGGGCCUUUCUGGUCCUUUUGGGUCCGUCAGAUACUCGCAUAAUGGGCUCCGAAUCGUCUCUGGCUCUCAAGAUGGAACAAUUCACAUAUGGAAAGUGCAGACAGGAGAGCUAGUCCUGGGGCCGCUGAGUGGCCACGACGAUGCGAUUUCGUGCGUUGGCUAUUCACUAUGCGAUAAAUAUAUCGCAUCUGCUUCACUGGACGACACUUUGCGCAUCUGGGACUCAGAGACCGGAAAAGAUAUUCAUGGACCAAUCCAAGGACAUAACGACAGCGUGCGCUGCAUACGGUUUUCUCCGGCCGAAACAGUGGUCGCAUCAGGCUCAGAUGACGGCUCAAUUCGCCUAUGGGAUUUCAAGAGCGCGAAGUGCGUUAUGGUGCUAUUUAAAGCCGACUCACCGGUUUGGUCGGUCGGAUUCUCUCCUGAUGGCCAAUACGUUGCCUCUGGCUUAGGAGAUGGAACGAUAAGAGUGAUAGACAGAAAUACAGGCAACACUGUUGUCGGUCCAAUACAUGGUCACCGUAAAAGCGUCACUUCGAUUGAGUUCUCGCCAAACGGCACGCACAUCGUCUCAAGCUCUGAUGAAAGAUCAGUGCGAAUAUGGGACAGGCAGACUGGACGUCAGAUUCUAGUAUGUGGUGAGGGUGACAUACCACAUGACUCUUUCGUGAGCUGUGUUGGAUUCUCCCCUAACGGUCGGUAUAUCGCAUCUGGUUCUCCUAGGGGGGCUGUGCAAGUGUGGGAUGCUCAGACGGGGGACAUGAUAUUCAGUCCACACACGAGACACAGCAAAAGGGUACGAGACGUACAGUUCUCUCCUGACAGUUCACAUAUCGUCUCAUGCUCAUCCGACGGCACUAUCCGGUUCUGGAACCUAGUGGGCUGGGUAAUAAAUACGCCACAACCCGAGACAAUUGCAGAUAAAGAACAUGUAGUCAGGAAUAGUCGGGAUGGUAGCAAAGCAGCCAAUUCAUGGUCCCUCGAUGAUGAUGGUUGGGUAUUUAACCUGCAUAAUCACCGAUUGGUAUGGGUUCCAUCCGAUCUUCGUGUCUUGCUUCCCAUUCCUCCUCAUAACCUUGAUAUCCAGUGA